GAAGUCCAAAAUUCAUAAACUGAGGAAAGCUGGGACAGGGAAGUUAUUUGCUAACUAGCUAUUUCCUAUGUUCUUAUGCUCUUUCCUAGGCACCUUCCAUGGUCAUCACUCAGAAAUGGGAUACCACGCUAUACUGGCGUUUGAUCUGAGACAGUAUUACCAUUCUUAUGUAGAAACAGAUGACCAAAUAGCCCUCCUUAGUAAGCCUAGGAAUAAAGGAGGAAGCAGUGAUCUCGCAUCAGCUGGGUUUAACAUUAUUAAUUCAAUCAUAGGAUCAGGCAUUAUAGGAUUGCCAUAUUCGAUGAAGGAAGCUGGUUUUCCUCUAGGAGUACUGCUUUUGUUUGUGGUUGCCUAUAUCACAGACUACUCCAUUAUAUUACUGAUCAAAGGAGGAAAUCUGUCCAACACCAAAACCUAUCAAGAGCUGGUCAAAGAAACAUAUGGUCUUGUAGGUUAUCUAAUCCUUUCAACUCUCCAGUUUUUAUAUCCAUUUAUUGCUAUGAUCAGUUACAACAUAAUAACAGGAGACACUUUAACUAAAGUUUUUCAGAGAAUUCCUGGAGUUGGGCUGGAUAACGUGCUUACCGACCGUCACCUCAUAAUUCUUCUUACCACCAUCAUCUUUACCUUACCUAUAUCUUUAUAUCGAGACAUAGCAAAAUUGGGAAAGAUAUCUCUUCUUUCUCUGAUUCUAACCAUUGUCAUCCUGAUUAUUGUGAUGGUGAGAACAGUAACCUUCAGUCCACAAAUACCCAAAUCAGAAAAUGCAUGGAUAUUUGCAAAAUCAAAUGCAGUACAAGCCAUUGGGGUGAUGUCAUUUGCGUUCAUCUGCCAUCAUAACAGCUUUUUAAUAUAUGGGUCUCUGGAAGAACCCACAUUAAAGAAUUGGUCUCAAGUCACACAUAUGUCUGUGGCCUUUGCUCUUGUCAUCAGUGUAGCUUUCGCUGCCUGUGGAUAUAUGACUUUUACAGGAUACACAGAAGGAGAUAUAUUUGAAAACUACUGUAGAGAUGACAACCUUGCUACAUUUGGAAGGUUUUGCUAUGGAGUUACUGUAAUUCUGACCUUCCCCCUUGAAUGUUUUGUGACCAGAGAGGUGAUUGCCAAUGUGUUUUUCCAUGGGAACCUCUCAACAGUUUUCCAUGUUGUUGUGACAGUAGUUAUUGUUGCUGUGGCGACUGGUAUAUCGUUAGCGUAUGAUUGCCUUGGAAUAGUUUUAGAGCUGAAUGGAGUUCUGAGUGCUACCCCACUUGUUUUUAUCAUCCCAUCAGCGUGUUAUCUAAAGCUGUCCAAGGAGCGGUGGAACCAUUCAGAUAACCUCAUAUCCUGCCUGAUUCUUGUUCUUGGUGUGCUGGUGAUGGCAGUUGGGUUUGUCAUGACUGUCUUGCAUCCCCAGGAAUGUAGCCAUGGAAAAGAAAUGUUCUACUGCUCCCCUAGUAAUGUUUCUUUACACAACAGCACACUUCCACCAUAGCACACAUAGGCAGCACACCAACCUCCAGACUAGCUCAGGCACAUCUCACAGUGAGCCAUACAUGUCAGUUUAAAGGAGAGUGGAACAAAGACUUUUCAUGUUUUAAGAUGCACUAAGAAUUUUAAACUUUAAAAUUGUAUUUACAUACUUGAUUUUAUGCUGCCAUCCUUUUUCAGGUAAGAGUUCAGUUUUAACUGUUGAAACACAAAAUCUCAAAGGUGCCUUUCAGUAGACAUUACUUGAAUAACUUGCAACCCUACCAAAAAUAUUGCAUUUUUUUAACUUAGUCUUCAAUGCUGUUUAAAAGCUAUAAAUUAAAUAUUUUGGAAUAUAAAGCUUUUCCAUGUUUCAUUGAUUUAACUUAGCUUUUAUUAAUUUUACAAUCCUUCAUGUAUAUUUAUUAGCACAUUAUAGUAGGGAGCCUUUUGAAGUCCUGAAAAAAAGUGUGUCUGAAUCUGUAUCACAAUUCUGCUAUUAAAUACAAACAUCCUUUUAAAUUC